AUGGCAGGCGAAUCAAAGAAAAUCCGAGUGCUUGGCCUCCACGGCAUGGGAACAAGCGGCCACAUUUUCAAGACACAGACGGCCGCCUUCCGCAGCAAACUCGCUCCCGACUCCAACUUCACCUUCGAAUUCCUAGACGCGCCCUUCAGCGCCGCCCCGGCCCCAGCCACCGACGUCUUCUUCACAUCCAACCACCUCACGUGGUGGGAAUCCCCCUCAGUCGACCACAUCCGCCGAGCCCACGCCUUCCUCGACAACUACCUCGAGAAGCACGGGCCCUUCGACAUCCUCAUGGGCUUCUCGCAGGGCUGCGCGCUCAUCGGCAGCUACCUGCUCUACCACGCGCGCACCACACGCUGGGGGCCGGUCCCCUUCAAAGCCGCCGUCUUCAUUUGCGGCGGCCUGCCGCUGCCCGCUCUGGCCGACCUCGAUGUCGAGGUCUCGCAGCGGGCCGAGCGGCUCAACCAGAUGACGAGCGACCUGCUACGGCAGCGAACCGGAUCGCUGGCCGCGAUGGCGGGGAAUCCGGAGCUGAUACAGCACGGCGUGGGCAUGUGGGAUAAUGUGGCCGACCUGCUGCAUGACCCGGAGGAGAUCCCUGACGAGGGGGACGUGUUUGGGCUCGACUACACCACCAUGCCCACAGACCUGCGCAUCCGGAUCCCCACGGUGCAUAUCUCGGGCGGCAAGGACCCGCGGUGGCCCGCCAGUUGGCAGCUGGCGUACUUCUGUGACAAGAGGAAGAUGUACGACCACGGCGGCGGGCACGAGAUUCCCAGAACGACCGUGGUGUCAAAUAAGAUUGCUGGGUUGGUGGAGGAACUGGCCAAGGAGAUACAGAGCGACUAA